GAUUUCUGAUUCACGCUCAGAGAUCAAAGAGCGAGAGUUGGACUUGCAGCGUGACUGGUUGGCUGGUUUAGUGGGAGAUUUACCUUUCGGAACGGCAGGCUGGGACCCGGCCCCGCAACAAAUUUUCUUGAAUAAUUAAAUAGAAAAACAUCCUUUUUACGGGAUAUCGACCCUCCGACGGAUCCAAAACCGGCGAGCUGCUGCACUUUGUCAAAACUCUUCACCAACCAAAACGGCAGUAAACUAAGCAAACCGUCCCGAGUCUUCUCGAAAUCAAAGCACUGGAUUUUCCUUCUGGAGUAAAUUUUUUUUUAAAGUGGCUCAAAUUUAAAGCUUGUGGUUUUAGAAAGAAAACAUUGGUUCAUCAACUGAGAUGCCGAGCUGGAACUGACUUUUUCACCCACUGUGAUGCGUAACGCACCACGCGCAGUCCGAGCAAAUCAGAUUCAACCAGAACGAGAGUGCAUCUGUGAUAACGACCCGGCGUCUAAGCUUGACGCAGGGGCAAGAUGGCCAGCCCGGGAGGCAACUUGUACCGAGAGGUCGUUGAAGAUGGGCAGGUGAGAGUAGACAACUCCCAGUCCUCGUUUGGCUCGCUUUCUCAGGUUGAUGAUACCGUCCGAGAUCUGUUGCUCCAUCCAAAUGAGAUCGGUCGAUGCCGGGAGAAUCCUCUGACUGAGAAGGGUAAGCGGAUCCAGCUGGCUAAGAUGCUUCUACUCAUCCUCGUCCCAAUCCUCUCAUUGGCCGUGCUGGCAGGUAUCGACCUUCACAACAUCGCUCUGAAUAAUCGACUCAAUGUUGAGGUGCGGAAUGUGAUACGUUUCAGCAGAGAUAUCGGUGUGCUACUGAGCUGUCUGCAGCGUGAACGAGACAUGGUGGCUCUGUUCGUCAGCGCCAUCAGCCCCGAACAGGAUUCCUUCGUGACGGCCACCUUCCCUCAGACCGACGAAGCCUUGGACGAGCUCCAAGACUGGCCGGUCAAGACUUACGUUCUGACCGAGCUCCCCUACUUCCGUAAGAAGGAAGACUUCAAAGAAUACUUGGCCGACCAUCGUCGUAACCUCCACCGUUCCAACACCACGGUGUACAACGAGAUCGAUUUCUACACCGACAUCCUUCAGAUUUUCAUCGACUGGCUCUACGAUAGCAUCGGGAAUUCCAACGGGCACGGUUUGUGGCAGACUCUGGUGUCUUAUCAACUCCUGAUCGUAAGCAACGUAGACAUCGGCAUCGCGCGGACUCUGGGUUCUAUCUUCUUCGCCCGAGGCAGGUUCUACAGCUUCGACGACUACGUCUGGUAUCUGAGUAAAAACGACGUGGGCACCUGGAACUUCGAAGCUUCUAAGAGAUACUCUCCUCUCAUCAACAGCUUCUAUGCUGAGUUGGUCACCACGAUGGAUGAGAACUUCGUGACUACCAUCACUAACCUUCGACAGGAGAUACUCAACAACGCGGUUGAUGGCCUGCAACCCAACUUUGAGGCAGCCACUCGCUGGUUCGACAGCAUGACAGUCUACAUCAACAUCUUGGAGAGCAUGCAAAGCAAGAUGGCGGACGAGAUCCUUUUGCGACUUGAGAGCGACCUGGACAACGACACCAGUUCCAUCGCUGUCAGUAUCUGCUUGGUUAUCAUCGUCAUUGUCACCUGUCCCCUCAUCCUGAGAGCUUUCUGGUCCCUCACCACGGAUAUCCAGAACUACGCUCUCAAUCUAGCCUCUCAGACCAAGGCUCUGAAUAAGCAGAGGAAGAAAUCCAACUGGCUUCUCUACUCCUUACUUCCCAAGUCUCUGGCGGCGGAUCUAAUGUUGAAGAGGCCGGCUGCGCCGUCUCAUUACGAUGAUGUUACAGUGCUGUUCUGUGAUCUGGAGGGGCUGGGGUACAUCUGCUCCCAAAGUAGUCCAAAUGAGGUGGUAGAAAUGAUGAAUGGGCUGUACCUCGUGUUUGACUCUUGCAUCGAUCGAUACGAUGUGCACAAUGUGGAGACACUGAGCGGCACAUUCAUGUUAGCCUCAGGUGUCCCUAAUCGUAACGGCACCAAGCACGUCACUGAGAUCGGCGGUCUGGCUCUAGACAUAGUCCACCACAUCAAUCUUCUGGAGGUACCGCACAAGCCCCUGUGUGGAUUCAAGGUUCGCAUCGGCUUCCAUACGGGUCCGGUGGUUGCAGGCGUGGUCGGCCUGGAUAUUCCUCGUUUCUGCCUCUUCGGUGACACGGUCAUCACUGCCUCCCGCUUGCAGACAGGCGGUUGUGCUGGACGCAUUCACGUCAGUCAGGCUUCGUAUAUGGCGCUGCUUAAGGAAGGGGGCUUCUACCUAAUGAAGAGAAAGGACACCAAGAUUGGGAAGGAUACCAAGGGAUCCAGCAUAGACACCUACUGGCUCGUCUCCCGGGAUGACUUCAAGACCCAUAGCACCUCUCCUCCCUACAUGUGUCAGUAUCAAGAGCAUAAGUACACGUACGAACACAUGUACGUCAAGACGUACACAGGCCGUAUACAGUACCGCCAUGGUAUUAAUGAUAGGCUGUGGAAACAUCCAAAUUUCACUUACCUUUAAGGCGGCAAAAGCGGAACUGAAGCGGAGCGCGUGCUUUGAUAUAAUCAGGUUUUGACAGUCUGGUUCCCUGACCCCAUUGCCAUUCGGACUUCAAAUAUGGGGACAGGUAGCUAGCGGUAAAUCUUCCUUAUACAUAGGCAUCGAUCCCCCCUGAUGUAUGCAAAUGUAUGCAUGACGUGUACAGGUCAGAAUCCCGCCACCUGGAUCGAAAAUCACAACGGUAAUGUUUGCCCGCAACCAGCCUAUUGCAAAAUGAUAUAGGCCGGCCGCGCCACGAAUGUACAAUUUCGGAGGUAAUGAGCUUCGAAUUUUGCUGAUCGUAAGUGUCUCUGCCAAUAUCAAUAAAGAGAGAGAAAUUACUGAAAGUUACCUUCAUGGAGACACUGAUGAUUUUGCGUACUUUUUGUGGUAAGACAUGAGUGAGCUUUUUGAUAAUCGUGUGUUCAAUCACCGUCCAUGCGCAGAGCGAUUUGAAAAUAAUAAAUCAUGAUGCGCGCGCGCAGAGGUGACCCAAUCAAUGGCUUUAAACUAGAGCUAGCUACCGAUCCCCAUAUUUUUAGGGGUGGCCGGGAAACAGUCUAGGGAUUUGAUACACGAAUGUGCAUUAUGUGCUACGAACAAAAGAGGGCGCACUAACAACGAGAGCUUUCUCUGCUUCACUAUGCGCAGUGUUCAGGGUACAUAAUACGCGACACGUGGCAAGUUUACUAGUAUCCUUUUUCAUUAUCACCGUAGAGGGGGCUCUCGGUCGUGUAUACGGAGUUUAGUACCCGGUACUUUGACAAUUGCCACAGUAGUUGCAGAAUUCGAGGUUUUGAACGAACAAGUAGCCUAAAUUCAUCACAGAAUGGCAGUGUUGUAGUACUCGUACUCGGUACUCGUACUCGAGUACCGUCGACUGCUCGUACUCGUACUCGAAUGC